ACCGGGCCGGACGGCACGGGACCGGACGGAGGCGCCGGGAGGGGCCGCGCCGGGCUGGAAGCUCCGCACGGAGCGGGAGCGGCCCAGGAUUUUAUCUCAUAUAGAUGUGAAGCUCCUGAACCAUAAAGACCAUUUCCAAGGGCACCCAAGGAGAUGAGGUUUUUAGCCAGGCUGUCACAGGAACAGAUACUCCUAACACGUGAAAGCCAGGAUCUGGGACACUCACUCGGGCUGCUUGGCUGAGGACAACAGGAUCAGGACUCUCCCUGCCGGGGACGUCACCGAUGGACUGUGGACGCUUAGCAGAGAGCAGCGAGGAGAUCUGCGGCCCGGGCGCAGGCCCCGAUUCCCCGCUGCCCUCCUCCGGCGGCAGCAAUUCCCGCCUGCCCUCGGCGGCCUCGCCGCGGGCCGGGGCCGCUCCGGGCCGCCCCGCCGCCGCCAACGCGGCCCGGGAGCGCAGCCGGGUGCAGACCCUGCGCCACGCCUUCCUCGAGCUGCAGAGGACUCUGCCCUCCGUGCCGCCCGACACCAAGCUCUCCAAGCUGGACGUGCUCCUCCUGGCCACCACCUACAUCGCGCACCUCACCCGCAGCCUCCAGGACGAGGAGGAGUCGCCGGGAGAAGGCUUGGGCGCGCUCCGCGGGGAUGGAUACCUGCACCCCGUCAAGAAGUGGCCCAUGCGUUCCAGGUUGUACAUUGGAGCCACGGGACAGUUUCUGACCCACUCGGCACAAGGAGACAGUGCAAACCAUGGGGAAACGUCAACAUCUUCACAGAUCUAACCUCCCUUCUUGCUUUCAAAAAAUGGCUAUUUAUUACACCUUAGAUAUAUAUAUUUAAGUUAAAAAACCAGUAUCUACAGACAAAACUACAGUUCCUGAAAUGCUGUUUGUAGGGGAAAAGGAACUGAUUCUUAAAUGUAACUAAUACCUCAUUAAGUUAAUGUGACACAUCAUUGGUUUCUAUCACUGCUGCAGUCUGAGUGAGGGGGAGUGGGAGGGGGUGACUGAAGCCAGCACCAAUCCAAGCAGCAGCAGCAAAGAGCAGAGUUGAGUAUCCCUGUCCUCUCUGGGACAAGCGCUGUGAGAAAAGAGAGGAGGAGUGAUGUGCUAAUGGCCAAGUACAGGGCAAAACAGGCUUGGGUGCAAAGAGAAGGGCAAGGCUAAAAAUAGCAACUGUAAUCCCACACAGACUUUCUCCACUGCUUAAAGCCGAUGGCAGAAAUCCCCUGACCGCAGCUGGCCGGUCAGGGCUCCAUCCAUCGGGUAGUCCUGUAUGUUUGUAGCUAUUGCUGGGAAUGUGGAUGCAUGUUCAUGGAGUAAAAAUGUGCUGGGAGACCUUCCCUCCUGCACUGAGUGCUGUAAUUUGAGCACUGCUUGUAGCCACCCACAGGACUGUGCUGCAUGUUAGGGGCUCAGCCUGUGUUUGCUACCCCGGCACAACCACGUGUCUGCUCACCACACCACGCCUCAUUUCAUUUCAGGGGUUCACAUGUUGGAGCAGGUGAACCCAAAUUGUUGGCUUGUUUGUAGCACACUUGUUCACUUAAACAUCUGUAUUUAGGCAAGAAAAGUUGAAACUAAAUGCACAAAUGUCAUCUGUUGUAUCGGUUCUGUAAAACACUGCAUUUCUCAUAUGGUUUGUUAUUGCUGGGGUAAAUGUUCUAUUAAAUAUUAUUCUGUGAA